AUGGCAUUCAUCUUCUGCUGUUUCCCUACCCUCAGGCUCAAAGCAUACCAACCACCAGUCCAAAUGCCCACCACCGCCAUUAUCAAACCCACCACUAUUAUCAAACCCACCACCAUCAUCGAACCCACCACCACAAUUAUCAACGCCACAUGUCAAACCCCUCCCUCAUCUCCACAAAAACCAGCCUCUCUCCUCAGCCACCACUCCUCAGCCAUAUCCCUAGCCUCCUCCCUACCCCCCUACAUCAGCGACACCGCAGCCCACAACACGCCUUCCUGGGACCCUCCACCCUCCAAGCCCAUCCGCAUCCUCAAACCGCGGCCCCCUCGCACCAUCUACUCGUGCUUCAACACCAUCUACUCGCCCCGGGACGUCCGGCCUUGCCUGUAUCACACACUCAAGCCACGGGCGCACCAUAGAAAGGACAGCGUGAAGGAUUACUGUCAGUCGGGGACACGGGGGUGGGAGGUGUUUUGGCGGAAACGGCUGGAAGAUGGUGAGGCGGAGGUGGGACGGGUGGAUUGGAUGUGGGUGGGGGAGAGGGGGGGAGAGGAGGAGGAGGAAGAGGAAGAGGAAGAGGAAGAGGAAGAAGAAGAAGAAGAAGAAGAAGAAGAAGAGGAAAAGGAGCUGAUGACAGAUAGUGCUUGUGCUGAGAUGGAGACGGAACAGUACGGAGAUACAGAGGGUUCUGAGGUAUCUUGUGAGAGAUCGAGCUGA